UCAAAGUUCUUUUGUUUGGAGGCAAGAAAAAAAUACAAAGCCACGGUGGCGAAAAACAGAGCAACGUCAACAAUAAACCAACUAAGAUGUAUCAGAUCACAGAUUUUCAAAAGAUUGGUGUUGGGCUAGCUGGAUUUGGAAUUGCCUUUCUAUUGCUAGGAAUUAUGUUUUUCUUUGACAGAGGAUUACUUGCCAUUGGAAAUAUUUUAUUUAUAGUUGGACUUUCUUUUGUGAUAGGAAUGGAAAGAACUGUGCGAUUUUUCUUUCAAAAACAUAAAAUAAAAGCUACAAGUUUCUUUAUAGGAGGAAUAUUUGUUGUAUUAUUAGGAUUCCCAGUCAUUGGGAUGUGUGUAGAAUUAUAUGGAUUUUUCCUAUUAUUUAGUGGAUUCUUCCCAGUAGUAAUUAACUUUUUAAGAAGGGUACCAGUUAUAGGAACAAUUUUAAAUUUACCUUAUAUUCGACAGGUUGCAGACAAACUUGGAGAGUCCAAUUCAAUGGUAUAGUGAAUUUUUGUUACUUUGUUAACAGUAUUAUCAGAAAGUGCCAUUGUCAAGAACAAAUAAGAUCAGCAUAAUAAUGAAGAAAUUAACAAGAAUGAUCAAAUUAUGUAGAAAAACAUAUUGUGAUUUUUACCAAAGAAUACAGAUUUUGAAUUCCA